AUCAUAUAGAGCCAAGUUACAUAAGGAUGUGAACGAGUCUGGAAUAAAGGGAAAUUGUUUAGUCUAACUGUUGCUUUCUUGCUUUUUCGAAUCGGCUUUUGCACCAGAAAAAUUUCAUGCAAGCUUGGGUAACGUGUACAUGGAUGGGAUAUACAUGUAUAUGGAUGGAGGGAAUAAGAGAGUGUCUUUCUUAUGUCUUUCUUAGGAUGUAAUGGCUCUGUUGUCUGAUUUUCAUUGGCUAACAAAGUGUAUAAAGCAAUGCUACCAACUUUCUGAGACGUGACACUUCUGGACGUGACUCUGCCAGUGUUCCAGAUUGUUGGCCAUCCAGCUGCUUAAUUUGAUCAAAUAAAGUGCUGCUUGAUCAAGAAGUCUCUGCUUGGGUUAUCUGAUUAGAUUGAUACGGUAUCUCAAGUUUAAGUAAGGGACUGGGAUCUUACAGGCAAACAGCUUGCCGUGCAGAGUUGAAGCUAUGGUGCUGAUCAGAGUUCUAGCAAACCUUCUGAUACUACAGCUUUCUUAUGCACAAAAGUCUCCUGAACUGGUCACUGGAGGUGAUGAAUGUAACAGAAAUGAACAUCAUUUCCUUGUAGCCUUGUAUGACCCUGACAGGUUUCUCUGUGGUGGGACUUUGCUCAAAGAGGAAUCGGUGCUCACUGCUGCACACUGCGACAGGAGAAAUAUGUGGAUAAAGCUUGGUAUGCAUAGCAAAACUGUACCAAAUGAGGAUGAGCAGACAAGAGUCCCAAAGGAGAAGUUCUUUUGUCUUAGUACCAAAAACUAUACCCUUUGGGACAAGGACAUCAUGUUGAUCAGGUUGGACAGUCCUGUUAACAACAGUGAACAUAUCACGCCUCUCAGCUUGCCUUCCAGCCCACCCAGUUUUAGCUCAGUUUGCCAUAUUAUGGGAUGGGGCACAAUCUCACCUAAUAAAGAGACUUAUCCCAAUGUUCCUCAUUGUGCUAACAUUAACAUACUCGAUUAUGAGAUGUGUCUAGCAGCUUACCCAGAAUUUGGGUUGCCAGCAGCAAGCAGAACAUUGUGUGCAGGUAUCCUGGAAGGAGGCAAAGAUUCAUGUAAGGGUGACUCUGGGGGACCCCUCAUCUGUAAUGGACAAUUCCAGGGCAUUUUAUCUUGGGGGAAUGAUGUUUGUGGUUACAUACUUCAGCCUGCCCUCUACACCAGGGUCUUUGAUCAUCUUGACUGGAUCCAGAGCAUUAUUGCAGGAAAUACAGAUGCAACCUGUCCCCCAUGAAAACUUUUGAAAAAGUUAGGAGGAGAAAAUGUAACAUAUUAGUACAUCUCUUCUAUAUCCCUAACCAUAUCCAACUACAUUGGAAUAUAUUCCCAGGCAGUAAGCUUUUUUUAGAUUCAAAUAGGACUGCCUUUGGAGUAAGAAAUGCUCAAAAUAGUGUUGCAAGGAUAAUGUCCCAUUUAAUUUCAGUAUCAAACAAUCUCAGUAAAAUGGAGGCCUGUUUUAGGGUGAGGUGCAAACUUUUCUGACUCUAAAAUGGACCAUUCCAAAUAUUUUAACCUCUGAAUAUCUUUCCAUUUCUGUUUACGUCUGGGACAGUAGGGUCCUUGAUGCUCUCUGAGCUUGUCUUCUUGCAGAUGUUUCAUUACCCAGCUAGGUAACAUCAUCAGUGCUAGAAUAUUCUCUUCUAUUAAUACUUCUGUGGCAUUUAUAAUACACUCAUAUGGAGUCAUGCGGUCACCCCACAAACAUAUCCAUAUACCCGGGUCCCACUGUGUGUAAAAAGGAUCCCAGAUUAACCACCACUUCCCAAUCACUAAAUAGAAUCUUUUGGGAAUCAUGUUUUCAUGUAAAUUCUCAAGUAUCCAUAGCAAUAAAAUCAUAUAAAUCGUU